AUGUCAACAACCAUUGAUGUACCAGAAUCAAGCAACAUGAAGGGAAAAACUAUUUUACUUGGAGCACAAGCAAGGCCAGGAGGAUGGAAAAAGGGAAUAGCCAUAAUGGAUUUCAUUCUAAGGUUAGGCGCCGUAGCCGCGGCUCUUGGCGCUGCCGCCUCGAUGGGAAUGAGUGAUCAGACUCUACCUUUCUUCACUCAGUUCUUCCAGUUUGAAGCUAGCUAUGAUAGCUUUACCACCUUUCAGUUUUUUGUUAUAUCAAUGGCUAUUGUAGCUGGUUACUUAGUCCUAUCCCUACCAUUUUCCAUUGUUGCGAUCAUUCGACCCCAUGCAGCUGGACCAAGGCUUUUCUUGAUUAUCUUAGACACAGUGUUUCUUACUCUGGCCACUUCCAGUGGUGCUUCAGCUGCUUCCAUAGUUUACUUGGCACACAAUGGAAACCAGGACACAAACUGGCUUGCCAUUUGCAAUCAGUUUGGAGAUUUUUGUGCACAAACAAGUGGAGCUGUUGUAUCAAGUUUUGUUGCUGUGGUUGUUUUGGUUGUGUUGAUUGUGAUGUCUGCUUUGGCUCUAGGGAAGCAUUGA